AACCCUCUCACACUCUUCGAUUCAUCUUCAACCUCGGCUCCCAAUGUCUCUCCGGAAAGCCUUGACCCAUCGCUUCAGCAGCCUCACAAGGGCCUCAGCUUCACGAUCUCAGAUCCGCCCGCCAGUUCCCAGUCCGGAGACUGAUCGCCGCCGCCACUCCUCCUCGGCGAGUAGCGUUGCCAGUCGGUGAUGAGCUGAUGGAACGGUUAAAGGGGAUGAAUCGGGACAGGAUUCGGCUUGAGGGAAUGGUGAGGCCGGCGGCGGUAUCGGUUGAGGAGGCGAAGAAGGUAUUGAGGGCGUGGGAGAUGGAAUCGGUUCGAUCGAGGCUGAGAGGGAUGGCGAGUUCUAGGGUUUCGUAUUCGGAGUUCUUGCGCAUCUGCGGGGAAUCAGCGGGGUUCGAUCGGGGCCUGGAGAUCGCCAGGGAUCUCGAUGAGUCCGGCGCCGUCAUCAUUUUGGGCGGCCUCGUCUUUCUCCGCCCCGAUGAGGUUGCAAAAGCCAUAGAAAGAGUGCUGCCAGUGAAGAACGAGAGUGAGAACAAAGAGCUAAAGGAGAUGGAGAAGAAGAAGGCAGAGAUGGAGGAGAAAGCAGAGGCAGAGGUGAGGAGGGAGUUAUGGGCAGGGUUAGGUCUUCUGGUGAUGCAGACUGUUGGUUUCAUGAGGCUCACUUUCUGGGAACUCACAUGGGAUGUUAUGGAACCCAUUUGCUUCUUCUUCACCUCCACUUACUUCAUGGCUGGUUAUGCCUUCUUUCUUAGUACCUCCAAAGAACCUUCUUUUCAGGCCAUUUUCCAGUCUCGUUUUGAGGCUAAGAUGGAGCGUCUAAUGAAACUUCAUCACUUUGAUGUUAAACGCUUCAAUCAUUUGAGAAUGGUAGUUUCUUCAUCAUCCUCAUUUGAUUCUCAUCAUGCUGAUAAUCCUUGUUGUUGACAGUAUUAAUUUGUUACUCUUUCAGUGUUUUUUUCU